AUGGACACGUCAACGCGCUCGACGCAAAUUCUCGAGUCAUCCGCAAUAACCAACAAGUCGAAUUCCCUGGCUGUUGCCGAAUAUGACAAGGCAGGGAACCUCAAAGCUAAAUAUGUCGAGUCGAUCCCGAUCACAGGGCACCCGAGAGUCGACGUUUUGCUUCCUGUCAGACGAAAGAAGAUCUGGCUACAGCUUCUGGAAAUCUUCUUACCAGAUGGAUAUCCUCACAGUGUAUCGGAUGAUUACGCGACAUAUCAAAUUUAUGACUCUGUCCAAGCGUUUGCUGGCUCAAUUGCCGGCAUGAUAUCAUCUCGUGCUGUUUGGGAAGGCCUCGGCGUUGGCGACUCGUUAGCAUCUCCAACAGGGGCCAUGCUUAUUCAAGUCAUAAGAGAAUCCACGGGUCGAUUUGCAACUAUCACAUUUGCUCAUCUGUUUGGAACAUCGAUUGAGGCUGAGUGCAAGGCGUACCGUCUGGCUUCUGACGUCCUCUGCGAUGUUGCCAUGCUUCUCGACUGUCUCUCGCCGUUCUUUCCGAGAAGUACCAGGUUCCUUGUUCUAUGUUUCUCAAGCCUACUCUACUCUGCUAGUGGUGUUGCCGGCAAUGCAUCCAAAAGCAGUCUUAGUGGCCACUUUGCCAAGUGGAACAAUCUUGGAGAGCUCAACGCUAAAGAUGCGAGUCAAGAGACGGCCAUAUCUCUGAUGGGCAUGAUCGCCGGCACAUUCGUGGUAUCGCUUCUCACAGGUCCAAAGGCCACAUGGGUGGCUCUUAUUUUCCUGCUAUCACUCCACCUUUUCCUAAACUGGAAAGGGGUCAGAGCAGUUAAAUCACGCUCACUCAACAGGCAACGUGCAAACAUUGCAUUUUCGGCCUUGUUCUCCAGAGACCAAGUUCUUACGCCGGUUCUCGUCUCCGAAAGGGAGCUUAUUUUCGAAAAGCGCGGGGGUAGCGUUUUCCGUUGGAACUCGGGAAAGGUUCUCGGCCAUUGCGAGUUUGGAGUGUCUCUCCGAGAGAUACUUCAGAGCCUGGCCAGUGGUCAGGAAAGAAUGAAAACUUUUCAUCUUUCGACCCUGGAAUUGGCCAAUCUGCUAAGUCUUUACAAUGAGGAGGAGUAUGCCCUUUGGUGCGAAACCUCGGAGACGGUAUACUGUGACGCGGCUUCCCGGGUCAAGGUCAUGGUUGUUCUCAAGGACGGCGUCACACCAAAAUCCCAGCUAAAAGCUUGGUUUCACGGACUAUUAUUGACAAGGCGAUUAAGCGGCCAGGAAGAGUCUGAACUGUUGCGAGCUGGAAUGGAUCAGCAGGUGAUGUUGAGCCACAUUCAGGAGAGCUUGAGGGUCGCCAACGAGAAGUUCGAGGAGUACAUGGAAAGACUUUCUUUUGCAGGCUGGAACCUCCAAUUAUCUUUGCUGGAGACUCGAUCGGGCUCCCGAAUUACAUUAGAGACUGAUUAG